ACAAAUACCCUGGUUCGAUGCACCAAUCAAUUCCAUACGAAGCGUACCAACGCCGAAAGACGAAAACUUCCGUCUUCAUUUAGCCAAACCAGACAUGUCGUUGAACCACAAGAGGGUUACAAUGAAAAUCGAUUCCAGAUACCAGUCUUGGACUUGACCGUCUCAGAAGGCGAACAGGUGGUUGGCUGA